CUGCCAUAAUUCUCGACUAUGAUUGGUCAAUUCGUUUACUGCUUACGUCUUAUUGCUUAAGGCCAUUUGUGUGCCCCGGCCCUAACUGUAAGUUAAAAUUUCCUACUCAACAACUUGCUUUGUGUUUGCUGGGCUAACUCAGGACUUUAACAACAACAGCAGCCGUACACGCGGAAAAUGAUGCGUUCAAGGACACUAUAUAAAUCAACAAAUUCAUCAGAUGAAGGUCAGAUGCAAUUAUCUGCUGACGAUCCUGCUAAGAAUAUUGUCCUUGCACGAGGUAUGAACGUUAGGGAAGUAAACCUCGACACCCAGAUAAGCCCUAGCGCCCCAACAUUAAUCGAGAUCACAAGGCUAACUUACAGAAUGUUGGUCACUCAUGACUACAAUAUUCAGAAAUUAAUUUUGCCUGAAUAUCUCGAUUACUACGCCACAGCUCUUCUUUGGUGCAGGAUCACGUCUCUUAAACACUUCAACUACGAAGUGCUCACCGUCGAGGAGGAGGAACUUUUUGGCCUAAUUAAGAAUACCCAAUUUUCGAUUCCGGAGCCAAUUCUUAUUCAACUCAGACUCUUUGGGAAAAUUCAGACCAUGACGAGGGAACAUUUAAGACCGAGUUUUCCUUCACUACCAACUGGCGUCGUUAAAGGAAGAGGGGGAUUCUAUGGGCCAAUUGAUAAAGACACCCAUAAUCUUUAUGAAGAAUUACCUUGUAUGGGCGUACUUUCUGAAGCCGUACAACAUACCGUGAGUGAAUGGCCACCCGGACCAUAUCCAUCGAGCUUAGCAGCCUAUGAGAUCGUUCGUAUACCCAACUCAAACCUAUUGGGCUACAAGCCACUCAACAAUCGAAUCAGCAAGGCCAAGAAUCUUGCAUUUCAUGUAGGAAUCACUGCAGACGAUUUUCCCGAAACAAUACCAACAACAGGAUUUAAUAUUAAUUUUAUGUGUAAAGUGUCGGAAAUUCUGGCUCGAACAAAAACUUUUAAGAUAAGCACCCUUGAUAUUACAACCAUGACCGAUGAAGGAUCCAUCAGCCAAGUAACUAUGCAGAGAUGCGCUUUGCCAAUGCAAAUUGAGAAAGCAGGUGAGCUGUUUUCUUAUGGAAACUUUGAGGACCAAGACUCAGCGUUUGGACUGGGGAUAGUUUACUGUCCUAAUCUGUAUAAAGCAGCUACUACUGUAGCCGACGCAUCGCAAUGGUGUUGCAUAGACGUCGUUCCUCAGUCCUGGAUAGACAACCGAAACGAACGUAGAGAAACUAUACCCAAUAGGUAUAGGGAAGAAGUAUUUGUGUCACAAACGCAAUCAAGUAACCAGUAUCGACAAAUGUUUCUACGCGCUUUAUUAACUGAGCGUUAAAGCUACCGGAUUGGACUCGUUAUCUGCUGAAAGCAGACCUGCUAGGUAAUAUUUUUUAUGUCAAGGAGUGCUCUUGAAUUACCUUGGUAUCGGAUAAAUAUUACUCUACAUUAAUGAAUCUUUAAUAUCCAACAUGAAAAUUAUUAAAUUAAUAUAUCUGUUUCUAGCUGCAAGAUGGAUCUUCGCCUUACGAGUUUUGCAGAUUGGGAACCUCGUGAAAGUGACGGUUCAUUACAUGAAAUACAGGACAAAUGAAAUCGAAGAGACAAUCGUGCACCCAGAAACAUGCCUAUCUUUUGUACUAACAGUUCGAUACAUCUUUUUAAUUAAAACGAUACGUUGAUUCAUACAC